CAUUGACUGAAACUAUUAUUCCCAAUCGGAGAACUGCGAAGAUCAAAACACACAGAAAGAUGCGGCGACGACCAGGAAUCGGAGGGCUACAAAAGGCCGCGGCUGCGCGGGAUCAGUACAGGUUAUUAGGAGAGAAUGUGGCCAAGUUACGAACUGAUAUGAUGAAAGAACAGCUCGCCACUUUCAAGUCUCAGCUUGAAGAGUUCGCUCGUAAACACAAGAAUGACAUCCGUAAAAAUCCAGCCUUUAGAGCUCAGUUCCAUGAGAUGUGUGCUAAAGUUGGUGUUGAUCCACUUGCUUCAAACAAGGGCUUCUGGGCUGAGCUUCUGGGAAUUGGUGACUUCUACUAUGAACUUGGAGUUCAGAUUAUUGAAGUUUGCAUGCUUACAAGGUCACUCAACGGAGGUUUGAUCAGCUUGCAAGAGCUCUGCAACCAUCUUCGCCAAAGAAGGAAGAAAGACCGUGAAGCUGUCACCGAAGAUGAUUGUCUUCGAGCUAUUAGCAAGCUAAAGGUAUUGGGUAGCGGAUUUGAGGUCAUCACAAUUGGCAAAAAAAAGCUUGUCCGUUCAGUCCCCACUGAGCUGAACAAAGACCAUAACCAAAUCUUGGAGCUGGCUCAGGGUCAAGGCUUUGUGACCGUGGAAGAGGUACAAAGACGUCUCUCGUGGACAUCUGGUCGGGUCAUAGAUGCUCUUGAAACUUUGUUAGAGGAGGGCCUUGCAAUGAUCGACAAUGGCAGUAAAGACGGAAAAUGUCAGUACUGGUUCCCCUGUGUCUCUUCUGUUUACUCAUUCGUUGGAUCUGAUUCUUGAAACUGUUACAUGUUUCUUUUGUAAUCAAUACACACUCUGUAUUACAUAUAAAUUACGUACAAAAUAAUCUUAUCAGUUUAUUCCAUCAAAUUUCUUUUACACGUAUAAAUAAUUGUGUUUUCCAACACCUAUAGAGCCACCUUGUAACUAUUGGUUACGCAUGGCUGUUGGAGAUAUCGGUUUCUUCUGUCCACUCAGAGUUUGGCUCACUCCACGACCUUGGUCUCACCCCUAGCUUGAAGUACAACACCAUCUCCAAUACCUCAAAGGCCUUACUUUCAUCCAAAACCUUGUUCCAAGCCCCACUCACAAUACAGUAAUUGUUGUUAUACGGUGCUCGGUGAUGUUCCCCAUGCUGUUUCCUUGAAACAAGCACCCCCAUGUCCUGCAAGGCCACCACGAGAGGUGGAAGCUUGCUCUUGGUUCCAUGAGCCCAAGCAUGGAACUGCUGGCUAAACAUUAUGCAAAAAGCAAAUGUGCUCACAAAGCCAUGAACCACAGGGUCAUUAAACGCAAGGUCUAGAGGAAGCACCGUGAAGGUUAUGACUCGUGCCAGAGCGUGUAGAUUGUUGGCAAACUGCCUUUUGGUGAUUGUCCAAGGCCACUUGUGGUGACCCUGAAACGCUUCGAUUUGUGCUCCUACUAGUGGCGUUGACUCAUCACCAUAGUUAUCAAUAGCCCAAUGGUACACACCAGAGCCUAGAUCAGCCAAGAUGUACCCUGCAUAACCGGCUAAAGCUGGUUCAAGCCAGAGAUGAGAACCAACACCUCCAAUGAUAGACUUAGCUAAAGAGGCCACCAAGGUGGUGCAACCAGCUGCAACCCAUAAACGAUGAGUCCAUGUAGACUGCAGAGUUGGGUCGUUGGAAAGAGGAGGACUCACAAAACGUUUCUCAACCACAAGCUUCUCACGGUUAGGCUGAGUCUUUGUGAUGGUGGUGGUGGUGGUGGUGGUAGUAACAGAGCAGGUGACACGAACAUGGAGAAGUGAAGGACGGUGAGUUCUUGAGAUGUUGGUGAUGGGUGUUAGAGGAUACUUGGUUUGAAAUGACACAGCCAUUGAAAUUUGAAAGAAAUGAUGUGUGGAAGGAAGGCACCAAAUUUGUAUGAAAGCUUAAGCCAAUGAUAAAUGGAAGAGAUUACUUUAAAGUUAUGUUGUG